CCCGGAUGGUGGGACCGGGCCUGGGCUCCCACUGCCUCCUCCGCCUCAGCCAGAGCCUUCUGGCUCCCGCCCCGGCUAGGGACCCUGGGGGAAACAAGUCCCUUUUUCUGGCGGGGAGGUGGAGCUACUCUCGCACUCCCCGGCAGCUCCAGCUUCUCAGGAUCCGCAGUUUACAGUUGUCGAGGACCCCAGCUGCUCUUUUCCGCUACAUUCCCCUUUCCCAGGACUGUCAAUGGCAAGAUACCAGCUCUGGUCACCAUGGACCCCACUGGACGAGAGCUUCCAAUGGCUGCGGCACACAACACCUACACCUUCCUCCAAGCACCCCUUUAGGGCCCCCCCCUACUUCUCACGCACCCCUCCUGACCCUAAAGUGCAGCUGUGCUUUCAAGAGGUCGCUGUACUCCUAGAGAGCUCAUUCCUGGAAACUGGAAUGAGUACCAAGUUACCAUGCCACACACCAGAGCUCCAAACCACGAACAACAAGAAAGGACUGGUCAGGAAGCCCCAGCCCAUUCGCCUCAGUGGAGUGGAUUCUGUCUUUGGCAGGGUCAUCACAGCUCAGCCACCAAAGUGGACCGGGACCUUCAGAGUUUCAGACAAGUCAGCCUUUUGCAAAAUCAUUAGCAGGGAGCAUCAGUGGCCCACUGGACUUAAGGAGCCUCAGAUUCAGAUGACAGUGACUAUGUGCAAACAGAUGCUGCGCUCUAUCCUCUUGCUAUAUGCAACGUACAAGAAGUGCACCUUUGCCUUGCAACACUCCAAGUAAAGGGUCUCCUUUUGAUUCCCAGUUCUUCACACUGUGCCCUUUGUACCUUGGUGACGCCAAGUAAAAGCAAGUAUAUCCUCAUUUCUCUCUACUACCACAUUUCCUACAUACUUACCAAGCAAAAAGCCCAUGGAAAAUCUGCAGUAGCCUCUGAUAGCAGGAAGACAUUAUGCAGUACUCCUGAACUUGCACUCCUGGUCCAUCAACCACACCAUGAUUCUCAGUGGCUAAGCACUAAAAAGGAAAAUGACUUUAGGACA